UGCCACGUCACCAGCGCCGGCGUCACGUCGAGAGGCGGAGGAACAGAAAGUAAGAUGGCGGCCUCUAUCCGGGAGAAGCAGACGGUUGCUUUAAGGCGGAUGCUGAAUUUUAAUGUUCCUCUUGUGAAGAGCACAACGGGAGAGCCAGUAUGGAAGGUUCUGAUUUACGAUCGGUUUGGCCAAGACAUCAUCUCACCUUUGCUGUCUGUGAAGGAGCUGCGAGACAUGGGAGUUACGUUACACCUUCUCCUGCACUCUGACCGUGAUGCCAUCCCAGAUGUUCCUGCUAUUUAUUUUGUGAUGCCUACAGAGGAAAAUGUGGACAGAAUUUGUCAGGAUCUAAGGACACAAUUAUAUGAGUCUUACUAUUUAAAUUUUAUUUCUGCAAUAUCCCGAAGUAAACUAGAAGACAUUGCGAGUGCAGCACUUACUGCCAACACAGUAGCUCAUGUCUCAAAGGUUUUUGAUCAGUACUUGAAUUUUAUUACAUUAGAGGAUGACAUGAUUGUGCUGUGCAACCAGAAUAAGGAGCUUGUUUCUUAUAGAGCGUUGAACAGACCAGACAUCACAGACACAGAGAUGGAAACAAUCAUGGAUACUAUUGUGGACAGUCUGUUCUGUUUCUUCGUCACAUUAGGGGCAGUACCCAUCAUCAGAUGUCCAAGGGGCAAUGCUGCAGAGAUGGUUGCAGUGAAACUGGAUAAGAAGUUGCGUGAAAAUCUUCGAGAUGCCAGAAACAGUCUUUUUACUGGAGAUAACCUCGGGACAGGACAGUUUAGCUUCCAGAGACCUUUGUUAGUUCUUGUGGAUAGAAACAUAGACCUUGCCACUCCUCUUCACCACACGUGGACAUAUCAGGCCCUGGUGCAUGAUGUUCUGGACUUUCAUUUAAACAGAGUAAAUCUGGAGGAGUCUGCAGCGGUGGAAAGCAGCCCUUCUGGGGCCCGACCUAAGAAGAAAAACAAGAAGUCCUAUGAUUUAACAGUGGCUGAUAGAUUCUGGCAAAAACACAAAGGCAGCCCCUUUCCUGAAGUUGCUGAAUCAGUGCAGCAAGAGCUGGAAUCUUACCGUAACCAAGAGGAUGAAGUAAAAAGACUGAAAACCAUAAUGGGCUUGGAAGGUGAAGAUGAAGGUGCUAUCAGUAUGUUGUCAGACAACACGGCAAAACUUACAUCUGCUGUCAGCUCUCUUCCAGAGCUUCUAGAGAAGAAGAGGCUCAUAGAUCUACAUACUAAUGUGGCCACUGCAGUUUUGGAGCAUAUCAAGGCUCGUAAGUUGGAUGUGUAUUUUGAAUAUGAAGAGAAGUUAAUGAGCAAAUCUACUUUGGAUAAGUCUCUUCUGGACAUCAUAUCUGACCCUGAUGCUGGGACGCCAGAAGACAAGAUGCGGUUGUUUCUGAUCUAUUACAUCACGUCUGCGCAUCCCCCGUCAGAGACCGACUUGGAUCAGUAUAAGAAUGCUCUAGAGGAUGCUGGUUGUAGCUUGACACCUCUAAACUACAUCAAACAAUGGAAGGCUUUCACCAAGAUGGCAGCAGCACCAACAAACUAUGGGAUUGGGGCUACCAAAUCCAAAGGACUGCUCUCCAGAGUCAUGAAUACCGGGUCACAGUUUGUCAUGGAGGGGGUGAAAAACUUUGUUCUAAAGCAGCAGAACCUGCCAGUCACUCGGGUCCUUGAUAGCCUAUUGGAAGUGAAGUCCAAUCCGGAGACGGAUGAUUACAGAUACUUUGACCCCAAGAUGUUACGCGGAAAUGACAGUUCUAUACCAAGGAACAAAAAUCCCUUUCAGGAGGCCAUUGUGUUUGUUGUAGGAGGAGGGAACUACAUUGAGUAUCAGAAUCUUGUGGAUUACAUGAAGACUAAACAAGGAAAGCACAUUCUCUAUGGCUGCACCGAACUGUUUAAUGCUGCACAAUUUGUUAAGCAGUUGUCUCAACUUGGACAGAAGUAAAAGGGGCCAAUGACUACAUUACUGUCCUGUCUGGUGUCUGUGAGCUGAUCUCCAGAGGCUGAAAGAUCGGGCCCAUACCUUUCAUAUUGGUCCAUUAACCCAUGAUACCAGGUCCUGCAGGUGUGGAAGAACAAGGAAUCUACAUCCCAGAGAGAUCUGUUGUAUUCUGCACAAAGGACUUGCUGGCUUUUCUACCAACUCUACCAACUUUAUUUAAAUAUGCAGGAGGUACCCAGCCUCUGUAACUAGGCAUUAACACAAUCUCCGUCAACAGACAUCACUUACAAAUAACCAGAUAUUGCAUAAUUUUAUAAAGCAUAAUGUAUGUUAGGCGUUCGUAUAUUUACCUACAAUAGGAUGAAAAGCCUGAGGAGAGGAAGGCAAAUGAAAUGGCCACUUUGGGACCACGUUACCCAAAGCGGAUAGAAAGAAAGAAGACCUUAAGAACUCCUAUAAAAUCUGAAUGACAUCUUUGGUUUUUGCCUUUUUUUAUUUUUUGUUAUACCGUACCCCCUAGUAAGAAUAAACCAAAAUCUCUGAAA